UCUAGAGUUCGAAACAUGUGUGAAACAAAAAAGAUAUGCGCAUUUUGAUGAUAUUAGUAGCAAAACAAAUGCUCUUAAACCUUUUCAUAUAUCACAAACUGGUAUGUUACGGUUUUUUCAAUGAGCAUGAAAUCAAGAUUAUGUUGGUGAACAUGAGUUUCACUAUACAGUAACAUUCAGAAGAUACUCAUCUUUAGAAAAUUGUGAUUAACCUUGUAUCUAUAUAUUGUCUAUGAUGGGUUUUCAUGUCCAUUGCUUCGAUAAAUAACGGUUUUCGAUAAAUCUGAUAUAUUAUUUCUCCAGUCAACCAUGGUGGAAGAUGUUAUCCUAAUGUUUUUCCCCGUCUAAAUGCUUGACCAUUUCUCCUAUAGGGAUGAUCUGCAUCCAAAAACUGUCAUAAUCAAACCAACCAUGUUUUUGUCUAUGAUUCAUCCAACCUGACAAUAUGUAAUACGCUGGAUAAUCACUUAUUGUCCACAUUAACAUUGCUCACAUUUUGAAUUUUUUUUUCCUAUAAAUAUCAAGCGCCUCCACAACAUCCUUUCAUAAGCUAUGCAAUUCUUCCAUCAACGGUUGAAGGUAAAUGUGUAGGUUUUUCUUUGGUUGUUUGGGAUCGGGCACUAGUACCAAAAGAAAAAAAAACUUUUUUUUUCAUGCACAUUCCCAAAAUUACAAUAAUGUACCAAACAUAAUAUAUUUCACCAUUUAUACCAAUCGGAUUAAACUCAUAUGUUGAAAACGACAGAUAAAUAUUACUGACUUUCAGCAGCCACAGCUGGAUAUACCUCAUUAAAAUGCUUCCACGCUAUGGCAUCAGAUGAGUGAUACAUCUCGCCUUCUGGAGACGCAUGUUCCUUAUGCCACCACAUAUUGGAAGUUACUGCCUCGAGUUGAUAUAGACGCUUCAGACGAUCUGAAAUUGGCAUGUGAAACAUUCUGUAUUUUGGUAUGUUAUUUUCCUUUGCCAUUGGUCGGAUGGUAUCAAUCUUCACCACAAAACUGACAACAGACCAACUUCGAAUUUCUCCCUUCAAAAAUAGUGUACCAUUCUUCUCGUAGGCAUCAAUCUUCUUGACUGGUAACCCAAACGCUCAUGUCAGCGUCUUUGGUUUGUAAUAUGAUGAUGGAGCUUUAUUCGGCUGCGGAUCAAAUAUCUCAUCAACACGUUUUUACGUCGAAUUUUAAUCUGUCUUUACUUUCAUCAUACGCGAAGCAACAUACAACUAAGAAAUUUAUUCUUCAAAUCUAUCAUAAAUCAAUUGACUAGCCGCUUCAAGUGCUUCAAAAACACUAUCAUGAUAUGGCUACGAAAUGUCCUUCUCUUCCAUAGUUUCCCUCAUGUAUUGAGGAAAUAUGUCUUCUCCCAUGUACGCAUAAAGUGAAAAAUCCCAGACGGGUGCGGGUAAUUUUAUUUUAGGUUGUUGGUUUUUUAUAUGAGUUUUAUACUUUUAGAGAUUUAGAUGUUAUUUUUAGGAUUAAGUGUUAAUUUAGCUUUCAGAUGUUAUUUUUAAGAUUUAGAUGUUAAUUUUAGGAUUAGUUAUUUUAAUUUUUUUGUGAAAUAUGCAAUUUGUUUUUCAAAUUUAAACAUAUUUUGGAUUUUAAAAUAAUUAAGUUAUUUUCAAAACAUUGUUUACAUUUUACCAAUUUCUUAUUUUUUAUAAAUAUUUUCAAUAAAUAAAACAUGUUGUAAAUAUUUUAUAAUAAAAAUUGUUUUGCAAAAAAAAUAUUUUUACAAGUUCCCAAAAUCUUUUAAGAAGUUGUAUAAACAAAAAGAAUAGAUCAAAAGUAAUAUUUUAUUGAUCAAUAGAGCAUGAGUACAUCAUACUGGUCCGGAAACCCUAGUUCUAGUUGUAUGAUUCUAUAAUCGAAGUGUAUAAUAGUCGAUCUUCUUCUUCUAGGGUUGAAUAGUCCCUUUUGUAGGAAAUUGUAGUAUAAAUCUAGGUUAGAUCCUUUGCCCAAAAAAAAUCUCUAGGUUAGAUCCUUUCCAUAUGAAUUAAUUAUGUUGUUUUCAAAAAAAUUUCAAAACAUUGUUUACAUUUUAAAAUUUUAUUAAAUUCUUUAUAAAUAUUUUCAAUAAUAAAAAAAAAGUUUUAAAUAUUUUAUAAUAAAAAUGGUUUUGCAAAAUUUUGUUUUUAACAAGUUCCCAAAAUCUUAUAAGAAGUUGUAUAAACAAGAAGAAUAUAUCAAAAUAAUUUUUUAUAGAGCAGGAGUACAUCAUAUUGGUCCAUAAACCUUAGUUCUAGUUGUAUGAUUUUAUAAUCGAAGUGUGUAAUAGUCGAUCUUCUUAUUCUAGGGUUUAAUAGUCCCUUUUAUAGGAAACUGUAGUAUAAAUCUAGGUCAGAUCCUUUCCAUAUCCCGAAAAUAUGGAAUAUCUCUCUUUAAUAAAAACAAAUUCCAUUUUACCCAUAGACAUCAGGAAAAUGUGCCUGGAAGCUGCAAGUCAUCUACGUAGAAGAAGAAGGUCGAUGUCCUGCACAGUAUCUGAUGUGGUUUCAGAAUCAGAUACGUAAAUCAUGCUCCUACGUUCAUACGGGUGAGCAGACUUCUGAUGGUUUUGACCGUUGACCGAGUGGGAAAGUUGUUUAUCCAUUUUUGGCCUUCGACUCUUAACAUCAUAACGUUUUCUUCUGGAAUUUCAGCUCCACAUAUGAAAGAUCCAUUUUCACUGCACCUAAUUGGAAGAAGGCCCUAUUUCAGCGAAAUUAUUGUGUGACAUGCUGGAAUUGAUUAUUUGGGUCUGACGACCGAUAUCCUUCUCGGUAUUCCUAUCAUUCCCUUCAUUUAUGUCAGACUGACCAUCUCCAUAUGCCUGAAAGUUGUCUCAACAAACCGAACUAGCUGAUCUGAUUAAAAUCCAACCCCACAAUAUCAGACACAGCCUCUUGAUGGACCCCCAUCGGAUUGUUGACAUGACUAGACCCACCGAAUAGAUCUGAGCCUGGACUUGGUGAUGACACCUUCUAUUUCCCUUUCCUUGGACAUUUACAGAUCGAAGACAUUUGGUUUUGAAGAACAAAUGAAGAUAAUUAAAACAAAAUGUUUUCGAUCUGUAAAUUUCCGAGGAAAGGGAAAUAGCAAAACAAAAUGAAGAUAAUUUGUUUUGGAGAAUUUGGAUAGAUUUACGGCAGCAGGCAGGAAAAUAAUUAAAAGGCGAAUAAGAUAAAGAGAUGGUUUGAGAGAGAAACUACCUUUCAAUCGCAGGAAGAAAUGAGGGAACAAGAAAAUGAAGCUCUACUUAUAAAUUUAUGGCACUAACAACAAAGAGACGAAACCAUUAGGUCUAAAAACCUAAGGCGGACACACGAUUCCUACCAUUUCAGGGAAUAGAUUCCACUUCUCUAUGAAAACCAUGAUACGGUUUGUGAUUAAUCCAUCAGUUAUUAGUAACCGGGAUUUAAUCGGUUCAGGGCUAGACCGGAUUGGUUCAUUUCGGCACCCGGAGAUGGAAGAUCAUCUUAAUUUGGAAGAUAAACGCCGAGUUCUUUUACCCUUUAAAAACUUCUUACAAAUCUAUCGAGAUAAGUUUUUCCUCUUAGGAUGAAUUGGGGGAAGGGACUUAUCAUUGGAGAUUGAUUAUCCUUCGGAUAAUGCCCAUCAAAAAAUAUUAGUCGGCCUAAUUGAGUAAGUUGGCAAGAGCUUAUGCCAACUUGGAGACAAAAAAGAAAGUCGAGUAUAUAAAGAGAAGACCGAGAAAGCCAUUAUUUACAAACACACGCUUCUCGACACAAGAGCUAGGGUUUUCACUAUUCUCUUUGUUCUUGCCAAGCUAAUCAUCUUUUCACAUAAAUUUUUUUUUUACUCUUUUAAUGUGUCUCUUUAUUAAUCAAUAAAAAUCUUUUAAAUAAUUCACCAUCAAAUUUUUGUACACAUCCUGUACAUGCCGAUUCAGAUUAAACAUCAACAAAUAAACCCAACGAUACACUUUCGUCGGAAAUACACUGAUUUUUCUUUGUAGUGAAAGGAUUUUAUAGUAGUGUAGUAAGUUGUCUCACAUACUGGGCUAAUGCUACUGCACUUUACACAUGGACAUCAUUCUCACAAUGGGUCUCUCUGCGUGAUAACGUUGUAAGUUGGACACUGAAAAGUUUAGCAGAUCAGGCGACACUCUCAAGUCUAUAGACUGAAAGGACACAAGCGUUUUCAUGAAAACCAAGCUCAGACACCUACUGCAAUCUUCAAAUUCAUCGACCGCUUCAUAAGUGAUGAGAUUCUUGGGAAGAGGACAAUCGCACACUUCAAUCCCUUUAGGAGUGACCAAACUCACUUUUUACAACAUGUUAACUCAGCCUUCUUUAAUUUUUCUUUUUGAAGGCUGAAUUGGCAUAGCAUUAGCAUAAGCAUUAUGCUCCUCAUUAUUCAAUCAACAAUUUUUUGAAAAGCAUUUAGAAUAGCAUUUAUGAUGCAAAUGCUCUCCAAAUGCCCUCUACCCAAUGCUUUCAUAUGAAGUUUUUGGUAGAGCAUAUGCAUUUAAAAUAUAUAAAAUUCUUAAAAUAAUUUAAUAGAAUUAAUUUGUUUUAUAUUAUAGUAUCACAAAUUUUAUAUACAUCCAAAAAUUAUAUAUUUUAAAAAAAUUAAUUUUAAAUUUUUUAAAAAAAUCAAAAAAACAAUUUUAAUAAAAUAUUACUUAAAAAGAAACUUAAAUGAAUAUAAAUUUUUCAAUAAAAUUAUUUUUCUUUUAAAAUAUAAUUAAUUAAAUAUAAUUCAUUAUUACCAAUAAAAUUUAAAAUUAACAAAAAUAUAUAUAAUAAAUAUAAUGUAUCUAUAUUAUUCAGAAAUAAACUAAUUAUAUUUUAUAUACUAAUUUAUAUGAUAAUUUUAUAUAUAAAUUAUCUAUUGCUAUACCAAUCACUGUAUUAAUUGUAUUUAUAAGAGCACUCUGUUUAUGUAGCAGAAUGCUUCUAUUGCAUAAUGCUACUGCUUUGCCAUCUGCUUUACCAGUCGAAACCGAAAUCAAUUUGUUUUGAAGUUGCGGACAGUAAAUAAAGAACUAGGAAAGGAAAAGACAACAUUUGCAAUAGUCAAAUACUCCAAAUUUGUAAGAUAUGAAAGAUUCAAACCUUUUAGCAAGUUCUUAUUAUGUACAUUCAUUAAUAUAUUUAUAUUGAUUAUUUUAAAUUAUUCCAAAAUUAUUUUACAAAAACAAUUUUACUUCCUAAGUUGGAUAUAUUAUUAUUUUGGUAUUUAAUAUCUUUAUUCCAUAAUAUUUAGCAUGAAUGGUCUAAUUUCAUUGUGCAUGCUUUCGAUAAAAAAAAUUCAUCAUAAAACAAAUAAGAAAAAAAUUAAAAACUUCAAUAGAAAUUUCUACCUGUCACAAAUGAACAAAAAUCAAAGGAAAAUAUAUUUACCUACAUUAUGUGUAUUUCAACUUUUAACCAAAAAAAAGUUGAAAACCUAAAAGAGUUAAAAUCUGUUACUAUAUAUUUGCCGAGAAGAAAAAUUCAAGUAAGGUAUAAAAUAAUCUAAAUAUUUGGCAAAUAAAGAAAUGAAAUCAUAAGAAUAUGUGAAAUCCAACUUAAAUAGAAUAUAAAAAAAAAUGAAAAAGAAGAGAGAAAAGAAAGAUGGAAAGAAAAUGAUAAGAAAUGUAUUAAUCCUUUUGAUAAAUUAAACUGAAAAAUAAAAAUAAAACCAGAUUAAACCGAACUAAAACCGAACUGAACACACACCAAACCGAACUAAAACCAAACUAAACCAAAUUAAUUUUUGGAUUGACUUUGGUUCAAGUUUUUUUAGACCCAAAUAACCCAAACCAUACCGAACCCGUAACUAAAUCGUAAUGCCCUACAACAUGUUGACUCAGCCUUGUUUUCUUUUUCAAGGCUGACUUGACUAUGUUCUAAAAAAAAUUAAAAUUUACAAACUCGUCUAAUACUAAUAUGAAAUUUACAUUUGGCAAGUUCUUGAGUGUCUUUGAGAUUAGUUAUUUCCAGCUAUUUAACCUAAAUAUCAUAAUUCAAACUACUAAUGUAUUCUGCUGUUUUUAGAAUAAUGGGGAAAAAUCUAGAGACAUGUAAUAUGGAUUCUCAGUAUUAUUAACUCGAAAUCAAAUCAAUUUGUUUUGAAUUAUGGAGAGCAAAGCAAAAAAAAAAACUAGGAAAAUAGGGGGAAAGACAACAUUGCAAUAGUCUAAUACUCCAAAUUUGUAAGAUAUGAAAGAUUCAAACCCUCUAUCAAGUUAUUAUAUAUUAACUAAUAUAUUUAUAUUUAUUAUUUAAAUUAAUACCAAAAUUAUUGUACAAUAAUAUUUUUACUUCUUAAGUUUGGCUAUACUAUAUUAUUUUGUCCUUGAUUCAUUGAUUUCAUAAGAUUUAGCAUGAAAUAUUCUCUAAUUUCAUUGUGCCUGCUUUCGAUUAAAAAAAUUCACCAUAAAACAAAUAAGAAAAAAAUAAUAUUUUUCCAUAGAAAUUUCCACCCGUCACAAAUGAACAAGACCAGAGAAAAAAUAUCUUUUCAUAUAUCAUUUUAUGUGGAUUUCAACUUUUAACCAAAAAAAGCUAAAACCCAAAAAAGAGUUAAAAUCUCUUACUUCUGUAUUUGCCAAGAAUAAAAAUCCUAGUAAGGUAUAAAAUAAUCUAAAUAUUUGGCAAAUAAAGAAACAGAAUCAAAAGGAUAUAUGAAAUCCAACUUAAAUAGAAUUUUCUAAAAGAUUACAUCCUUUCGCAAAAGCCAUCAAAUAAAGGAUUCACCUCACAUAGUCGGCGCCACCAGCACGGCUUGCGAGCUCGGCUUACCAGUCCAAAUGCUCGGCCUAGGUGCUUGGCCCAUAAAGCACGGCUCAGCCCAUUAGGUCAAACAAACUUAGGGCGAACAUAUGAAAAUGUUUAUCUAUAAAAGGAGGACAAGAGCAACUAAGGAGGAGAUCCAAAUCUUAUUUUUUCUUGUGACAUAUUCUAAUGACUAUAAAUUUUUUAUCAGUUUCAGUUUUGAAAAACUUUUCCACAAAAUGCUAAUAGUUUCGUAUGAGAACAUAUUGUUGCUUUUAUCCACAAUUUUCUUAUUUUUUGUCCUUAGAAAGCUUUUCUUGUUUUAUAACUUUUCUUUGUUGUUGCUGCUGCAUUGAGAUGAAUAUAUAAGAUGGUCGAAUAAAAAUUCAGAGAUGGACACUCUAGAAUGUUUCUCCUUCUUUAAUGUGAAUUUUGUAGUUUUUCUUCCUGGUUAUUAUAAUUUGAUGGUUGUGAGAUUAAAAAAAAAGCCACUUGAUGGUCAAACUCUUUAAUUGAGUAGAAAAGAUCCAAAGAUAUCAUAGAUAUAAUGAAAUUUUUUUCUAGAUUUUUAAAUAUCUUUAGAUGAUUCUAUUAUUUAGAAUUUAGGUUACAUAAGUGUAUGUAUUCCAACCUUUAUGAUUACUAGGUGAACCCCUGCAUAUACAUGUGGGUUUUCAAUAAAUUUUAUAUCUCCAUCUCAAUGCAGUACAACAACAAAAGAAAAGUUUUAAAACAAUAAUAGCUUUGUAAGGACAAAAAAAAAAAAAUUGUGGAUCUGCUGACAUAAGCGCAUUGCAAACUCAGCCUCUUGAUGUUCUUGAGGUAACGCACGAUGUCCUCAGCAGUCUCUUUUCCUAAACCACCCAAAUAUUUUAAGUUUGUGAGGUUAUUACAGCUCUCUCCCACUACUUGAAACUCAAAAGUCUCAGUGAGAGGGUCAUCAUGAGCGAUAAUCAAUGUCUUCAGAUUCUUCCAUUUACUGAACGCAAACCCAAAUGAAUUCUUGGAUAGGUAGCACCAGCGCGGUAAAACAAGUUUCUCUAUGUUUGGCAUGCUAUCAUGAAACAAAAGAAAAUGAGAUUCCUGAGACGAUAAACACUCAUUGACAAGACUUUAAAAAUUAUUAUUGCUUUAAAUUUUAUUUUAAUAAAUAAGAUAGCCAUAUCACUUAAUUUUGCUUGUGACAUAUUCGAAUGAUUAUAAUUUUUUUAUCAGUUUCAGUUUUGAAAAACUCUUUUCGACAAAAUGAUAAUAGUUUCGUAUGAGAACAUGUUGUUGCUUUUUUCCACAAUUUUCUUAUUUUUUUUGUCCUUAGAAAGCUAUUGUUGGGAUUGUUAAACCCCAUGUCCAACUCUCUAUUAUCCGAUUAGUACGAUAUUGCCCACUUUGGGCCUAAUUGGCAAGCCCGCAUGGAUUUACUUUUGGUUUCCAUCCCAAAAAGCCUCGUACUAUUAGAGUUGGACAUCUCUUUAUAUAUUAGACACUCCUUGUCUAAUUCUCCAAUGUGGGAGUUAGUUUGUUAUAUCACAUUCUCCCCUUCAAACUAAGGAUCACAUUCAUCUCGUGUCCCACAACUGACUUCCAGGAUCUUCUAACUCGAUAUCUGCUACACACUUCUUAUUCCUAACUCAUAGGAUACCCAUUCAUCACUCAUUCAUCAUUCAAAGGGUAUUUCGGUCUUUCUUGCAGAUUUCUCGUCAACUGCGCUCUGAUACCAAUUGUUGGGAUUGUUAAACCCCAUGUCCAACUCUCUAUUAUCCGAUUAGUACGAUAUUGUCUACUUUGGGCCUAAUUGGCAAGCCCGCAUGGAUUUACUUUUGGUUUUCAUCCCAAAAGACCUCGUAAUAUUAGAGUUGGACAUCUCUUUAUAUAUUAGACACUCCUUAUCUAAUUCUCCAAUGUGUGACUUAAUUUGUUAUAUCACAGCUAUUGUUGUUUUUAAAACUUUUCUUUUGUUAUUGUACUGCAUUGGGAUGGAGAUAUAAGAUGGUCGAUUAAAAAUUCAGAGAUGGACACUCUAGAAUGUUUCUCCUUCUUCAAUGUGAUUUUUGUAGUUUUUCUUCCUGGUUAUUAAAUUUGAUGGUUGUGAGUUUAAAAAAAAAGCCACUUGAUGGUCAAACUCUUUAAUUGAGUAGAAAAGAUCCCAAGAUAUCAUAGAUAUAAUGAAAUUUUCUCUAGAUUUGUAUAUAUCUUAAGAUGAUUCUAUUAUUUAGAAUUUAGGUUACAUAAGUGUAUGUAUUCCAACCUUUAUGAUUACUAGGUGAACCCCUGCAUAUACAAGUGGAUUUUUAAUAAAUAUUCUCUAAUUUAAUGUUUUUAUAUGAAUAUUUCUUAGUGUUUCAGUUAUAAGAUUGAAAAUUUUGGUUAUAAAUCUUAUUAUCAUGUAAACACCUAACUUUUUAAGAUUGAAAGUUAACUUGCGGUUUCUUAUUAUACUUCCUAAUUAGCUUUGCCCCUUUCAUCAUCACUCUAUCACAAUAAGUGUUUUUCUUCCUCUGAGCCCCGCUCUCUUCCUCCUUUCGUUCUCAGACACUCUUCAACUUCUACGAAAUCCAAUUGCAAAUCCUUCCACCAGAGUAGAAGAUAAUCGCUAUAAGAAUUGAAAUGUUGAAUCUGUUAGAGCAUUCAAAUAUUUUUAGAGAGUAAUUGUAGUUUACAAUAUUGAAAGCACUUACAGACUUUUAAUAAAUACACUAGGAUAAGACCUGCGCCUUGCGCAUGGUAAAUUUAUAUGAAAAUUAUUUAAGAAAUAUCUUAUAAAAAAUAAAAUUUUAUUAUUGACUGAAUUAAUAUUUUUGGCCCUUAAACAAUUUUUUAAAAAAUUUUUUUGUUAAUUACAUUUUUUUUCAAAUGAACUGAUCCAAUUUUUUAAAAUAUUUUAGGUCAAAAAAUUAUUUAUCGCAUAAAAACCUAAUGUUUACGCCGAAAAAUCUUAUACCUACUAUUUGGUUACAUUGAAACUAUACCAGCUCGGUUUUAUGUCAUGAUUUAGCAAUUUAAAAGUUAAUUAUGGUUAUGAUAAGUUUACGUUCACGUGUCAAUCCUAUUUAUCUUCGAUAUUUUUCUCAUUUUUGUGUCAUUUUGGUUAUUGUUCGAUAUAAAUAUUGAUUUUUGAGUUUAUUCUCAUUUCUUUCUUUUAUUUUGGCUUGAGAUUUAGAAAAUGUUUAAGAUUCAAAAUUAAUAAAGGGAUAUAUACUUAGGUUAAGAUAUGCCCCUUGUGCAGAAUAAAUAUUUUAUAUUUCUUGCUUAUUUUAUUUUUUUCUGCAUAUUAUGAAAUAAAAAAAUAAUAAUUAUAUAUUAAAUAACUAAGAAAUCGGUUACUAUUAAGUAAUAAAUUAGCUUGCACAUAUAAAUCAACUGACCGCUCUUGUUUAUUCGCAAUCAUUUUAGGAUAAAAAAAUCAAAACAAUCAAUCUUAUCUAUUGUAUAUGAUAUAUAAUUAAAUUUAAACGAUAUGAAGUAUAUAUAUAUAUAUAUAUAUAUAUAUUAACAUAAACACCUAUUAAAAUAAAAUUAUUUAUUUAUAUGAUUUUAUUAUCAUUGUAUCUUAUUAUAGAAAAAAUUUAAACAUUGAUUACAAAAUUUUAUGUAAGACUUUUAACAGUUUUAAUAAUGAUAGGAGAGUGUUCUUGAUUGCUUGCUGUUAGAGAUAGUAAUCGUAAUUUACACUACUUUUUUUUUUACAUUUAUAUUCCUUUAGAAAAAGUAUUAAAAAAAACUAAAACUAUGACUAUUGAAAAAAACUCAUAACUAUAAACAUACAGCUGGGACCACCUCUAAUUCUCUGUCUUUCAACUGAAAUUCGCUCAUGUAUUUGAUUAGAAGGCUGCAUUGCUUUGUUUCUUUCUUGGCAGCAUUGCACCACUUCUAACCUCUAUGUGCAGAGUUUCAUUCUUUGAAACGUUCAUUGGGUUGGUAAAUCUGAAGAGAAUAGUAUCAACUGGAAUUCAUGCCUAUUCAUUUGAUGUAAUUAAACUUUAGAUAUUCAUAACCUUUUUGCAUCAAAAUAGAAUUUAACUAGUAUAGCACCUUUCACCGAUACAUUGUCUACCAUAUCACUCUCUGUGGCGUAGGUAGAAGAAAGCUAACAAUUUUUUUUGAUAAAUACACCAUCAUUAAUGUUUUUGAAAACUACACUAUCUACUAAGUGAAUUGACUAAAUUAUCCUUUUCAAAUACUUUAAACUAUCUUAAUAUUCAAAUUAAACCGAACUAAAACUGAACUGAAAAAUACAAAUUAAACCAAAUUAAACCAAACUAAAACUGAACUAAAACCGAACUGAACACAAACCAAACCGAAGUAAAACCAAACCAAAUUAAUUUUGGAUUGACUUUCGUUCAAGUUUUCUUAGACCCAAAUAACCCAAACCACACUGAACCCGUAACUAAACCGAAACGCCCUACAACAUGUUGACUCACCUUGUUUUCUUUUUCAAGGCUGACUUGACUAAGUUCUAAAACAUUUUAAAUUUACAAACUCGUCUAAUAUUAAUAUGAAAUUUACAUUUGGCAAUAACUUGUGUCUAAGUUCUUGAGUGUCUUUGAGAUUAGUUGUUUCCAACUAUUUAACCUAAAUAUCAUAAUUCAAACUACUAAUGUAUUCUGCUGUUUUUAGAAUAAUGGAGAAAAAUCUAGAGACAUGUAAUAUGGAUUUUCAGUAUUAUUAACUCGAAAUCAAAUCAAUUUGUUUUGAACAAAUGGAGAGCAAAGCAAAAAAAAAAAAGACUAGGAAAAGGAAAGACAACAUUUGCAAUAGUCUAAUACUCCAAAUUUGUAAGAUAUGAAAGAUUCAAACCCUCUAUCAAGUUCUUAUAUAUUAACUAAUAGAUAUACAUUUAUUAUUUAAAAUUAUACCAAAAUUAUUGUACAACAAUAUUUUUACAUCUUAAGUUUGGCUAUACUAAAUUAUUUUGUAUUUGAUUCAUUGAUUUCAUAAGAUUUAGCAUGAAAUAUUCUCUAAUUUCACUGUGCCUGCUUUCGAUAAAAAAAAUCACCAUAAAACAAAUAAGAAAAAGUUAAUAUUUUCCAUAGAAAUUUCCUCCCGUCACAAAUGAACAAGAACCAGAGAAAAAAAUAUCUUUUCGUAUAUCAUUUUCUGUGUAUUUCAACUUUUAACCAAAGAAAGCUAAAACCCAAAAAGAGUUAAAAUCUCUUACUUCUGUAUUUGCCAAGAAGAAAAAUUCUAGUAAGGUAUAAAAUAAUCUAAAUAUUUGGCAAAUAAAGAAACAAAAUCAAAAGGAUAUAGAAAAUCAAACUUAAAUAGAAUUUUCUAAAAGAUUACAUCCCUUCACAAAAGCCAUCUUUAUUUGAUUCGCCUCACAUAGUCGGCUUGGCUUGACUUUACUCGGCACCACCAGCUCGGCUUGCGAGCUCGGCUUGUGAGCUCGGCUUAACAGUCCGAAUGCUAGGUCUAGGUGUUUGGCCCAUAAAGCACGGCUCAGCCCAUUAGGUCAAACAAACUUAGGGCGAACAUAUGAAAAUGUUUAUCUAUAAAAGGAGGACAAGAGCAACUAAGGAGGAGAUCCAAACUUGAACACACACAUAGACUGACGGCUAUAAAUUAGGAUUUUGCUCUUUACUCUUCUCUCCGACUUUUACUUUCCUGGCUAGCUCAGACGACAAAAGUUGAGCCGUGAUGGACAAGGCAGACAGCUCAAGACAAGUUUCAAAAUGGAAAACUCUGGACAGGGGCAUACUUUCCGUUAUCUUCCGCAAGCUAAACGUAGAGGACCUUACCAUGGGAGCGUCAGGCGUCUGCAUCUCCUGGUUCCUUGCCGCCCACAAUAAAAGUCUAUGGAACACUGUUGACCUUGAUAAGUUCCGACAAACAGAUAAAGACCUAAGACUUAAUGAACUAAGAUAUAGGAUUGUUUUUACGGAAAACUUCAAGGAUUCUGACAUUAGUGAAACAAGCAGAAGUCUCAGGAAUAUCACCAAGUUUAGCCGCAGUGCCCCGGUGAAUUUGGUCUUUGGCUGUUGUUCCUCUUUAGAUGACGAAAUUCUCAUGUUCGCUGCUGCCAGCAUGCCAAACAUAGAGAAACUUGUUUUGCCGCGCUGGUGCUACCUAUCCAAGAAUUCAUUUGGGUUUGCGUUCAGUAAAUGGAAGAAUCUGAAGACAUUGAUUGUCGCUCAUGAUGUCCCUCUCACAGAGACUUUUGAGUUUCAAGUAGUGGGAGAGAACUGUAGUAACCUCACAAACUUAAAAUAUUUGGGUGGUUUAGGAAAAGAGACUGCUGAGGAAAUCGUGCGUUACUUCAAGAACAUCAAGAGGCUGAGUUUGCAAUGCGCUUAUGUCAGCAGACCAGGAGUUUUGUUGCUAAUUACAGGCCUCCAAAACCUUGCGAUCCUUAAUGUUUCACAUUGUAAAGAGUUUGAUGACGAGACGGUAACUAUGGACAAUAUUGUACAAGCCGCCACUCAGAAGCGUGUCAGAUUUAUACUUUGUUCAAACAAUUGUACUUGCAGAAACAAGCCAUGGUUGGAAGGGCUCACGACGUAUGGUUCUGAGAGUUGGCGAAAUGAUGAGAUAAAGGAACUUGAGUUCUGAACUUCAAAAAAAAAUAUAAAUCGAUGGGACUCCACCUCGGCUUCUAUUCUAUCCGACAUUAUCUGUUUCUUGAAGUCUAUUUAGGUUCUCUUCAUUUAACGUGUAAUGUUUUUGUUUUUAUUCGCUUUAUUUCUACAUAUAUGUAAUAUGCUGUUCAACAACAACCAUAUAUCUUCCAAAAUGGUAUAAAUUCUAACAUUUGUACCAAAAAAUGUUUUUCGAAGUUCUUUAUCAAAUUAUCUUGCAGUUUCUUAGUAAACAUUUUUUUUUAAUUUCUUAGUAAACAUUACAUUUACAUAUGUAGCUCUUAGCCGUGCAAGAUAAUACUUUUACAUUACAAAUUGUAUACAUAAGCGAUAAACAAAAUUUAUGCCCUUAUUCAGAAAAAAAUAUCUUAGAAAUACCAUCAUUGUUACAAAAAAAAGCUAGAAACAAAAUUAAUACUUUUAACAUUUUUUCUUCUUCUUUUUCCUAUAAACAUUCAUUGACAAGACUUUAAAAACUAUUAUUGCUUAAAAAUUUAUUUUAAUAGGUAAGAUAGCCAAAUCACUUAAUUUUUCUUGUGACGUAUUCAAAUGAUUAUACACUUUUUAUCAGUUUCAGUUUUGAAAAACUCUUUUCGACAAAAUGUUAAUAGUUUCGUAUGAGAACAUAUUUGUAAGCAAUUUUCUUAUUUUUUUGUCCUUAGAUAUCUGUUGUUGUUUUAUAACUUUUCUUUUGUUGUUGUUGCUGUAUUGAGAUGGAGAUAUAAGAUGGUCGAAUAAAAAUUCAGAGGUGGACACUCUAGAAUGUUUUUCCUUCUUCAAUGUCAUUUUUGUAGUUUUUCUUCCUGGUAAUUAUAAUUUGAUGGUUGUGAGAUAUUAUAUCCACUUGAUGGUCAAACUUUUUAAUUGAGUAGAAAUGAUCCGUAGAUAUCAAAGAUAUAAUGAAAAAAAGAUUCUAGAAUUUUAUAUAUCUUUAGAUGAUUCUAUUAUUUAGAAUUUAGGUUACGUAAGUGUAUGUAUUCCAACAUUUAUGAUUACUAGGUGAACCCCUGCAUACACAUGUGGGUUUUCAAUAAAUUAUUCUCUAAUUUAAUGUCUAGGUUUUUUUUUUUGAAUAUUUGUUUUAGUAUUUCAGUUAUAAGAUUGAAAAUUUUGGUUAUAAUUCUUAUUAUCUUGUAAACCCCUAACUUUUUAAGAUUGAAAGUUAACUUGCGGUUUGUUAUUAUACUUCCCAAUUAGCUUUGCCCCUUUCAUCAUCACUCUAUCACAAUAAGUGUUUUUCUUCCUCUUGAGCCCCACUCUCUUCCUCCUUUCGUUCUCAGACACUCUUCAACUUCUAUCAAAUCCAAUUGCAAACCCUUCCAUCAGAGCAGAAGAUAAUCGCUAUAAGAAUUGAAAUGUUGAAUCUGUUAGAGCAUUCAAAUAUUUAUAGAGAGUAAUUAUAGUUUACAAUAUUGAAAGCACUUACAGACCUUUAAUAAAUACAUAGGAGAGUGUUCUUGAUUGCUUGCUUUUAGAGAUAGUAAUCAUAAUUUACACUACUUUUUUAACAUAUAUAUUCCUUGAGAAAAAACUAUUGAAAAAAACUUAAACUAUAAACAUACAGCUGGGACCAUCUCUAGUUCUCUGUCUUUUGACUGAAAUUCGCUCAUGUUCUGUGAAAAAAAAACUUAAAAAAUAUACUUGAGAGAAUUGUCCUAACAUUAUUUUUUAUCUUAUUUACUUUUAAGAAAAACAUUAUUUCUCCUUUUGUAGUAAUGAGGACGAAAAAUCCUUAAAUAUAUACAAAUAAUAAGUGAAAUAAAAUAACUGUAUAAGCAUUUUGGUGAAAUUUUUGUUCAAAGAAAAACAGGAGUUAUACUACAUGUUAAGUUUACAACUAAAACUUUUGGCUUUGAAAAUAUAGUUUUCAAAGCUAAAAGUACUAUAAAUGAUUGUCUUUGAGCUUAACUCGAUUCUGGCAUACAAAGCAAGUCAUAAACGAAUAAUACUUUGCAUUCUGGUCAUUAGUAAGUGUAUUAUGUUAUGUAUAUGGCGGUCUUAUACAAUGGAGGUAGAGAUGAAAAUUAUGGAUCUAGACCGCGGACCUAAAUCGUAAAGUAUUGUUGCGGGACGGUGUUGGGACGAGGUUUUUUAGGUCCGCAAAUUUUCGAGCCUCGCGAGACGAGUUUUUGUGGGAUUGGGUUUUUGCGGGAUGGCCAAAACAGGUUAUGCGGGAUUAUAUGAACCCGCAUUUUUUUUCAUUUCUUAUUUUACCUGAAAAAUGAGAAAGAAAGUGAGAAAAAGCGAUUCUUGCGAAUUUUCUCCCAGAAAACAUAAAGAGGUCUGGUGAUGAUGAUUCGAGCUCCAGCGAUGACGAUUCGAGUUCUUGUGGUGUUUUGAUUUGGUUUUCUCUUUUUAUUAUACACAACUAUGAAUUGCUUUAUUACAAUGUGAUAUUUCUUGUUUAAGUUGAUUGAUUUUGUUUUCAGUACUGUGAAGUGAUGUUUUUCUUAAAUUAAUAAAAAUGGUUACAAUGGUGUUGUUUAGGAAAAAAGUUAGUUGUAUAUCACGCCACUUGUAUAAUUUGGCAAAGUGAUUCACAAUUUUUUUUGCAAUCCAAAUAAUAAAAGAGAGAUGGUUUGAUGAAAAUAUAUAACACUUGAGCCAAAUUAUUACAAAUACAACAACUCAAUCAGAUUCAAACUUAACAAAAGCUUAUGCUAAUAACAAAA